ACUGUCUCCUCGUCUGGUGCUCGCCGCCUUGUGUGUUUGGGUGGAGACUGUCGCUAUUAUUAUGAACAGCCUCCAUAAACAAAGUGAACGCUAUAACUGAUACGAGGUAGCUCCCUCACAUCGAAACGAGCAUAGAAACAGUUGUUCUGAUUAGUCUUUACGAGUGUCUAUUCAAGGUAUGCGUUAAGAUACUGUCGCUGUUACUAUGAGCAGCCUCAGUAAACACAGUGAACGGAAUAACAGACGCAGUAACUCCCUCACAUCGAAACAAACACAAAUACUUCCUCUGAGUGGAGUCUACAAGUGACUGGCUAAAGUAUGGUAUGAGUGAAAGAAAAAAAUUCCUUAAGUGUAUGAGUAAGAUGUGAAUCUGUACUAUAGUAACUUCUUGACAUCGAAACGGGGAUAAGAACACUUCAUUUGAUCUAAGUGGAAUCUGCAGUUAUCAGUGGAACUAAUUUGCGGCAGCGGACAAUACGCGCAGGAUCUUCAGCAAACUAAGCUACCCUCCCUCACUCUUGAAGUACGCAGGAUUCCCUCGCCAUGCGCCCCACCGAGAUGAGAUGGUAUGCAGCCGUCGUGCUGGUCCUCGCGGGUUUGGCAGCUGCGCAGGAGAAUCUAGCGGGACCCGUGGAGAGUCAUAACGUGGGCCGCAAGAAUGGAGCCGCCGGUCCUGUGACCCCCUAUGGCAAACGGUACGGCGGCUCAGCGCGGAAUGACGUGACGGUGAGACGCUACGGUGCGACGCAUCCCAACGGCAAUCACAAUAUGCACGACGGCCACCGCAUGAUCACCCGCGCCCUGUGGAGGAUCUUCGACGCCCUCAUGCAGAAGAAGGACCACUCUCAGCUGUAUGGCCGCAUGGGCUUCGUGGAGGAGGCGCUCAAGAAGAUGAUCUCCGUCGAUUCCCAACUGGAGGGAGAGAUCGACAAGCUGAAGGAGGACAUGGGCGUGUGCAUGUCUCAGCUGUCCACGGUGAUGGAGGAGCUGGGUCGCCUGAAGACUUUCAACACGCGGCUGGAUAUGCUGGAGCAGUCCCGCCCUGAGAUGCAGAACCAGGCUGACCAAGAACACGAUGCUGUUAGGGGAUCAGCCGCCGCUUACUCCACCUGCCCGUUGCCGUUCACCCGCAUCUCCUCUGAAUGCUUCCACGUGUCCACCGAGGAGAUGCUGGGGUGGGAGGACGCGAGGAGGGAGUGCGGCAGGCUGGGUGGGGACCUCGCCUCGCCACGUAACCUCACCGUGCUGAGAGAAUACCUCGGCAGUGUCCAGGACCCGCCAGAGUACGUGUGGGUGGGCGGCACCAAGCAGGACGAGGGAACGUGGGUGUGGACUUCAGGCCCCCAGGCUGGCGUGCCCAUCGACAUGAGCAAGAGCACCUGGAACGAGGAGGUCCCCACCGGCUCCGGCAAGUGCAUGGGACUGUUUGGCCAGAGCUCCUACCGCGCCUACAACUACGACUGCAAGGAGAGGGACUUCUUCGUGUGCCAGUACAUGUUCUAAGGCGCUCCCGGCACCGCCUCGCGGACCUCAUCCCUUCGGCUCAUGGGACCUCAAGCCUCGGAAAUUUUGCGGAUUUCCGUGCUGUUUGUUAAAUCCAUGUCAGCUGCCACGUGGCCGUCAAAAUUUGGUGCAUUCUGAGCAAGCAUAAGGUCACGAAAAUUGUGAAUGGGUUUGCAAUCAAAAUUAAUGAACUCCAGGAACAAAAUGGAGCGUUCAACGUCAGGCCCAGCGUGGGUGUGCACUGAUCGCCGCGCUCCGCCGCGCUCACGCCUCACCUGGACAGUUUUCUGCCAAUUCAUGGACGAAAAAAUAUUGUCAUAACACCAUAACUUAUGUCCCUUAAGUGUGUGUUCCGAAGCAUGUCACACUACCCCCCGCCGUUAGCAGGAUGGGGGCGUCGCCCCGCCGGCGGGCAUGGGGUCAGAAAGGCCUGGUGGUGAUGUUUGAUGUCUCAAAAGUGUAAAAGUGUCUGUCAUAAUAAACCUUACCUGAGAAAAAUUAAUAUUAAGACCACAGCUUCCAGCGUAGCCAUUAGUUGUACUCGUACUAGCUGGCGCCGGUAACUACGUAGUCUUUGCCGCGCACGCGACUUGUCCUCACUGUGUAUGAUAAUCUGUAUUUAUCAUAAACGUAGCUGGAACGUAUCAUGGAAACCAAAUUGUACUAAUAAAUAAAGUCUUGUAAUAAGUGAUGGUUUAGGGAGAGGAAGUGAAACGUGCCCGGGGCGAUCCCGCCCUAUCAGGCUGAUGGAAGGGCCGCACGAACACCUUCCUCGGGAGAGGAGGGUGCCACCUCUUGGCGGAAGAAACAAGGGGCGUGGCACAGCCUGCCUUCCCAGCGUCCCCUCGACCAAAUCCGCCAGGCCCUGACGCCCGAGGCCUGCUGCGGCAGCUGCCAGUAGCAGCGGCGCGCGGCGGCGUGCUGGCCCCAACUCCCCUGUACGUGUACCUGGUCUGAUUGUGCAGCGAAUCAUGAGGCUUAUUCUAGAUUUCUCUGUUGUCCUGUCUAAAUUCGAUAAUAUAUGCUUUACUUUUAUACAGUUAAUCAUAGUUUUAUAAAAAUUACUAGGGACUUGAA